AUGGCAACACUUACACGUAGAUUCACAAACAUAAGUUCAUUGAACUCACAUACAUGUGUUACACAGACAGACCUGGCACCCCACGGAAUAUGCGGCUUUGGCAAGUGUCUCUAUGUUGGUUCCCCAAGCAAAGCGCAUACCAGCCCAAGAGCCUUCAGCCCAGAAAGCCCUCGAAAACAGGUGGUCAUUGAGCCUCUUUGUGGCUGGCUCCUGACCCUGGGUCACAUCUUUUUCGAGGAGCAUCUCAAAGAGCCAGUUCUCGAGGUUCAAUGGGCUUUAGGGUGGAUGCUCGUCGAAGCUUUCAAGCAGCGUCGCCACGAAGAAAAGCCGCAGCCGAGCGCUGUGCCAGAGCCGCCGGUCUCCCGAAAGCGGGGCCUCUCCUGGGUCUCCAGGCAUCCGGGUUUGGGAUUUAAUUGCCAGGCUCUGCCGGAAGUCGAGAGUGUGCACAAUGAUGAGGAGGCAAUUGCCAUGGCCUCUCGCUUGACGCAAUUCUUCGCACUUCUGCCGAAAAUCCCCGGAAAGCACGGAGCCCCGAUGCUUUCCCUGGCUUUGGAGUCGGUGGCCGAGAGUGGCUUGUGGCGGCGGGGCGUGCUUCUUCCGAGCAACGAGGAUGGGCAGACGCGCUGGCUGAGGCUCCCGGUCCCUCCUCUUGCCUCCCAGCUCAUGGGCUGGGAUGUGUUCGGGAACUUUUCUUGGCCAGAGCUCUUCGCCUUCGUCCAUGAGCGGCUUCCAAUCGAAAUGCGCUUCCGUUUGUGGAGGCCUCUCGGUAUGUCCUUGGUCAGAGGCAGAGCUUUGCGCCGUUUGGGUUGGCAGCCGUCCACCAGGGAUGCCCUCCCUUUGCCCCUUCAACAUCAUGCAAACAUCGAAAUGAAGUGCUCUUUGCAGAUUUGUGUGUCCAGCCCAGCCCUGGCACCGCUUGCGGUGCUGCUGCCCUGUGCCCCAGAGCUGCUGGCCGAAGCAUUGGAGCUGGGCGCGGCCUACCAAGAGUCCCUCCAUCCCAACUGGAAGGUUGUUUUGAGUGCUACGCCAACCGCCAGAGCUAAGAAGCUGCCGCCAGCCAUCGGCAUACCCUCCGACCUGGCCACGCCACGGCUACUGCUCCCCCCAGCCGUGCCGUUUGCUUCGGUUGAGGAUUCCUGGGUGUUUCGCAUCAGGAUUCUUGGCUUGCAGCUUACCCUGGAUCUCUCACUCUGGGAGGCCGAUGCUUUGGCUGUGGAAGCGCAGCGACGGCAGGAGCUCGCAGCUCUGGGUGUGGAUAUCGAGGUGUGGGCACCAGCGGACGUGGAGGUGCCGAAAAUGGUACCCAUCCACCACCGCAUGCGAAUGGGCACGCGCAAAGCCAAAGGAGGUGAGGCUUCCAAGAGCGCCGAGAAGCCAGCGGAAAUCGCAGACACUCCCAGCGCUGAGACGGCAGCGCCCGCGGAGCCUGAAAUGAAGCGCAGACGCGGCAAGGCACCGCCUGGCGAUGCACCUCGGCUUCCGCUGCAGGAGUGUCGACAGGAUGGCAAAGCGCAGCCGACGAAUCGGGCUGCCCGGAAGGGCGCUUGA